AUGGCUGGACUUCUAGAACAAGGUAGCAAGGAAAGGUACCACUGGCAGAGCCAAAAUGUUAAACAAAGUGGAGUUGAUGACAUGGUCCUUCUAUCAAAAAUCACAGAGGAUGCCAUUGUGGAGAACCUGAAGAAAAGAUACCUAGAUGAUUACAUUUUUACAUAUAUAGGAUCUGUCUUAAUCUCCGUUAAUCCGUUUAAACAGAUGCCUUAUUUCACAGAGAGAGAAAUUGAAUUAUACCAAGGCGCUGCACAGUAUGAGAAUCCUCCGCAUAUCUAUGCUCUAACAGACAAUAUGUACCGUAACAUGCUGAUAGAUGCUGAAAACCAGUGUGUCAUUAUCAGUGGUGAGAGUGGGGCAGGGAAGACUGUGGCAGCCAAAUACAUUAUGGGAUAUAUAUCCAAGGUCUCAGGUGGUGGCAGCAAAGUACAGCAUGUUAAAGACAUAAUUCUUCAGUCCAAUCCUCUUCUGGAAGCAUUUGGCAAUGCUAAAACAGUCAGAAACAACAACUCCAGCAGAUUUGGUAAAUACUUUGAGAUCCAGUUUAGCCGUGGAGGAGAACCUGACGGGGGCAAAAUUUCAAACUUCCUCCUGGAAAAAUCCCGUGUGGUCAAUCAAAAUGAGAAUGAACGUAACUUUCAUGUUUUCUACCAGCUCAUAGAGGGAGCAUCCCAAGAACAAAAACAGAACCUGGGGAUAAUGUCAGCUGAUUAUUAUUUCUACCUAAAUCAGUCUGAAACCUUUAAAGUAGAAGGGACAGAUGAUAGGAGUGAUUUUUAUGAAAUGCUGAAUGCCAUGCAGGUCAUUGGUAUUUCUGUAGAGGAACAGCAGCUGGUCCUGCAGAUUACAGCUGGCAUCCUGCACUUGGGGAACAUUAGCUUUCUGGAGCACGGGAACUAUGCCAAGCUUGAGAAUCAAGACCACUUGGCCUUUCCAGCCUACCUGCUAGGUAUAGACAAGGACCGUCUCAAUAAUAAACUCACCAGCCGUAAAAUGGACAGCAAGUGGGGUGGACGUUCUGAAUCGAUCACAGUGACCCUAAAUAUAGAGCAGGCUGCUUACACUCGAGAUGCCCUGUCUAAAGCUCUUUAUGCUCGGGUCUUCGACUUCCUGGUGGAGUCAAUAAACAAAGCUAUGGAGAAACCAUAUCAGGAGUAUAACAUUGGUGUGCUGGAUAUAUAUGGGUUUGAAAUAUUCCAGAAAAAUGGCUUUGAGCAAUUUUGUAUCAACUUUGUCAAUGAGAAGCUGCAGCAGAUCUUCAUAGAGCUUACAUUAAAAGCUGAGCAGGAGGAGUAUGUGGCUGAAGGUAUAAAGUGGAGCCCCAUUGAGUACUUCAACAAUAAGGUGGUUUGUGACCUUAUUGAGAACAAGCUGAAUCCCCCAGGUAUUAUGAGUGUUCUGGAUGAUGUGUGUGCUACCAUGCAUGCCACUGGUGGGGGAGCAGACCAGACCCUACUACAAAAGCUCCAGGCAGCUGUUGGGACCCAUGAACACUUCAACAACUGGAAUUCUGGCUUUGUUAUUCACCACUACGCAGGAAAGGUAUCGUAUGGUGUAGAGGGCUUCUGCGAGAAGAAUCGAGAUGUACUGUUUAUUGACCUCAUUGAAUUAAUGCAGAGCAGUGAAUACCAGUUUAUACAAGGCCUCUUCCCAGAAAAGCUGGAUUCUGAAAAGAAAGGCAGGCCAACAACAGCAAGCAGCAAAAUUAAGAAACAAGCCAAUGAUCUUGUCAAUACUCUGAUGAAGUGCACACCUCACUACAUUCGCUGCAUUAAGCCCAAUGAGACCAAGAGGCCAAAAGACUGGGAAGAGAGCAGAGUCAAACAUCAAGUGGAAUAUCUGGGCCUCAAAGAAAAUAUCCGUGUACGGAGGGCUGGUUAUGCCUACCGUAGGGUAUUUAAUAAAUUCCUACAAAGGUAUGCUAUUCUGACCCGAGAAACCUGGCCAAAGUGGAGAGGAGAUGAACGCCAGGGAGUACAGCAUCUCUUAAGGGCUGUGAAUAUGGACUCAGAUCAGUAUCAAAUGGGAAGAACAAAGGUGUUUGUCAAGAAUCCAGAGUCGCUUUUUUUACUUGAAGAAAUGAGAGAGAGAAAGUUUGAUACCUUUGCUAGGACAAUACAAAAAGCUUGGAGACGUUACAUAGCUAAGAAGAAAUAUGAGCAAAUGAGAGAAGAAGCAUCAAACAUUCUUUAUGGAUUAAAAGAACGCAGAAGAAAUAGUAUUAAUCGCAACUUUGUCGGGGACUACUUGGGCAUGGAAGAUAAGCCAGAACUCCGUCAGUUCAUGGCUAAACGUGAAAGGAUUGAUUUUGCCGACUCCGUUAACAAAUAUGACAGGCGAUUCAAGGUUAUUAAGAGAGAUCUUAUCCUGAGUCCCAAAUACCUUUAUUUAAUUGGACGUGAAAAAGUGAAGAAGGGACCUGAAAAGGGUCAAAUCAAGGAAGUUUUAAAAAAGAAGAUGGAGAUCCAGUGUUUACGAAGUAUUUCACUUAGCUCCCGUCAGGAUGACUUUUUUAUCUUGCAUGAGGCAGAGCAUGAUACCCUUCUGGAGUCAGUGUUCAAAACGGAACUUAUUAGCCUGAUAUGCAAACGCUAUGAGGAAAUUACCAAGACUAAAUUUCUUCUGAACUUCUCUGACACACUACAGCUCCGGGUGAAGAAAGAAGGCUGGGGUGGUGGCGGAACACGAAACCUACAGUUCAUUAGGGGACAGGGUGAUAUAAUCCAGCUGAAGCCUGGAGGAAAGACUCUGGCCAUCUCAAUUGGUGAUGGGCUGCCUAAAAACUCAAAACCCACAAGAAAAGAAGUUUUUCAAAAACGUUCAUACAGACCUCCUCCAAAUCGAUCAGCUCCCGCACCUCCAUCUGGAUCCUUCAGAAAUGGGGCGCCUAAUUUUCCAGCAAGUAAAUCCAGGAACCCCACCUAUUCCAAGACUAAUAAACAAGUCAGAGCACCACCUUCUGCUGCCAUUCCUAGAAACCCUGCCCCUCGUAGGAGCCGAGCACCCUCUGACCAUAACAUGGAGUUCCUCAAUGUACCAGACCAGGGUGUAGCUGGAAUACACAGAAGGAAGAGUGUGGGGCAGAGACCACCACCUGCAGUAGGACGCCCUAAACCUCAGCCCAAACCUGCAGGUCCUCGCUGCAGAGCUGUUUACCAGUACAUUGGACAAGAUGUGGAUGAGCUUAGCUUUAGUGUCAACGAUGUCAUUGAUAUUCUCCUAGAAGAUCCCUCAGGCUGGUGGAAAGGAAGACUUCAUGGGAAGGAAGGAUUAUUCCCUGGCAAUUAUGUGCAGAAAAUUUGAAUUCAAAAUACAAUCCAAUCAAAAAGACAUCAACCUGCACGUUUUUUUUUUUUUUUUUUGUUUCUUUUCUUUUGAAUAGCUAUGAGGUCAAAAUGUGAUCCCACUUUAAUUUUAAAAGGACGUGUAGGAGCUCAAUUUUAUAAAUGUAAUAGGUUUUAUACUAGAGAGAAAAAAAAAUGCUUUUUGCACAAAAACAUUAGUGGUGCUUGGAAGUCCAAAAAUCGACAAUCUUCAUUUCAAGACAAAAAUGAAUUUACUGCUAAAGUAAGCAAAACAGAA